AUGUUAUGCCGUAAUACGAUCGACUAUUUGAUGCUUCAUCUACUGAAAAGGCUCUAUUGGAUAGUCUUCAGUGAAGUGAACCUUGUCACACUUACACAAUUAAUUCAAACUGCAAUCUUUUGUUCGGAUGGAUCGUUGCCAUCUGAUCAGGAGAAAAGUCUUCGAGAAGAACUGGCAACGAGGCGUGCACUGGAAUUCGCACAAGAGGAGAUGCCAUCAUGUGUGCUACGAGUACUGGACUCGAAAAGUUGGCGUGGUGGAGUAAAAAGACUGGUAAACACCCUCCAGUACCCUCGACUCAAUAAACAUUUGUCCUAUUUGCUUAUGGAUCUGCUUAUGACAAAGCUUUUCCCUGAAGAAUUGUCGUAG